GAGGCUGACAUGAGCUGCAGAGUCAGAACGAGAAGACGGAGAGAGCAGCUGUAGGGAAGGUCUAAGACUCCAGGACCAGAACCAAGGUCAGAUCCAGGACCAGAGGCUGUACACAACAAUCAGAACCAGAACCCAGGAACAGCCCAGUCCACCAUGUCAGAGUCCAUCAGGAGAAGGAGCUCCAGCAGACAGCUGCUGCAGAACCUCAUCAGGGUGACGGCCCAGCGGAGCCAGGAGGAUGCUGAGGAGGUGGAGCGGGAGCGAAGGAGGAGAGCCAGGGAGAAGCAGAGAGGAGAGGGGAGCCCCUCCUGGCCAGAGCCCCCCCAUCACAACAACCUCACACAACACAACACAGAGUUGGACGAGGAGCUGAAGCCCAGUUGCUGCUUGGUUCUGGAGGAGGACGAGGGCUUCAGCGACUGGAGCCACAGGCUGGAGAAUCGAAACGAGCAAGAGGUGCCGGAUGACUGCAGGGCCAGGGUGCGGACACCUUCAGUACCACAGUGGAAACCAGGGCCUGAAGAGGAGAAACAGCAGGAGGAUGAAGAACAGGGACGGGAGCCAGAAAGAUGCAGUCGGCCCCAAGAAGCUUCAACAAGACCCGCAGAGAAGACGUCAAGCAACAAAAAGGACGUCAGGACGUCAUAUAGCUCGUCAGUCUUUCUGCCGCAGGACACCAGACUGCAGCACGCCACAGGCCAACCACCCGACAGGACGUCCUACCUGGCGGCAGGGACAAUGAGGCCACGUUGUCUCCUCCACAGCGGGGGGGCCGGAUGCAGGGUGGAUGGAGAGGUGGAGCAGGAGGUGCUGAAGGAAGAGGAGGUGCAGCCUUCUUUGCAGAGGGAGUGGAGGUCAGCAGAACCCCGACAGAGCCGCAGAGAUGAGGGUGAUCUUGAUGAAGAAGAACUGAGCUUCACACAUGAAGAGAGGGAAGACCUCCACCUCAGGACAGAGCAGAGACACAGGGAAGAGGAGGAGGAAGAGGAGGAAGAAGAGCACAAGGUGCCAGACAAGAGGUCAGUGAAGAGCAGAGACAGGAGGAGCGACGAGGUGAACAGGAGAUCUGCAGUUUCUCUCUGCAGCAGCAGCAGCGAAGGCGAGGAGCUGUUAAACUGCUACGGCCCCAUGAGCCCGACAUUCAAGAAACUCCUCAUACAGUUUUACCCGGAUGAAGUCAACAGCAGAGUCUCAACAGACGGUCAAUGCACGAUUGUAGAGAGAACCGAGUCUCUGAGGAAAAGCACCAACAACAUAAAGAAGACGCUGCCGCCUGUUGCUGUUUCCAAGAUUCACAAGAAACUGGAGCAGUACACACAUGCGCUCGAGGUCUCCUCAAUGGAAGGCAAAGCAGGCGGUCCGGCUCUGACAGACUUGACGAGUCCCACUGAACCUGUCGCCUCCAAGAAGAACCUGUUUGAGGCCGGAGAAGCCUGGAACCAAAACGCCAUCUCAGUCCCAUCCUCUAAGGAUGCAGACGGUUUAAAAGUCGGUGUGGCUGAGCUCAUCAAUCAGUGGGUGAGAGGAAGUGAAGAUGGGAGCAGGUGCAGCUCACCCUUCAAACCAGCAGAGAGCUCCGCUGGUAAAAGGUAUAAAUUUGUGGUGACCGGUCACGGCAAGUAUGAGAAGGUUUCUGUUGACAACGGCUGCAGUAAAGACGUGAACUGUCAGUCAGCUGGACAGUUGUAUGAGGAUUUGUGAAACACAUGUUGGACUUGGAAUCAUUUUGGAUUAUGAAAGAAAAAAAUCUUUGAUCCUGCACAAACUCUAGCCACUAUCACUUCACCAUUCCCUGUAUUUCAAGCUUUACAUUGGAAAUGCUCUUAAAUCCUGUUGUAACAGCAAAUUUCCUUUGAAAAUCUGUUCUCAUUUUACAAAAGAUAGUGAAGCAAAAAGUGAGUCUUUUCUCUGUUUAAACUGGAUUGGUAUUCAUUCUACCCUGUGAAUAAUAUCUCAAGGUACUUCAGCAGUAGUAUAUCUUUGAAUAAUGAAAUAAA